AUGCCGAAGCCAAGAGGUUUCAUUAUGCGCUAUGGCGCAAUUCUAGGAAUUGUCGUGCUUUCGCUUAGUGGCAUGACAUCGGCCAUGGGAUGGCGCAGCCCGGAACAGAAAUAUGUUGACAAGCCUCUUGAAGAAGCGCUCCGGUCUCCUCCUCCCUCACCUUAUGCAAGCGGUGCAAACCCUAGUAUUUUUGCAGCGGCACUGAGUGAGUUGCAAGAAUUGGAGUCGGAGCCCUUCUGUCACAGAAUUGCAGCUCGACUGUUGGUAAAUAAUUGCCAACUAUUGGAUGGCCGGAAUGAUGCAACGGUGAUGACCAACACCGGCAGAGCGGCAAGAGACUUUGUAGAUUUCUUUGCUGCCAGUCUAGCAAUUUGCGACUUGGAGAGAGCCAAUUUUGCGAUACCGUCAACGUGCCAUAAAUUUCGGGAGCCUGUGUUGGCAAAUCUCCCGGCACCUUCCAAACCAGAGCUUCAUGUAAUAACUCGCGAGAUCGAUGACUGUCUCGAAGGCUUGGCGCGAUCCGACUCGGCUUGGAGCACAUGGGUGGCCUAUCGCCACAAAGCACUCGGAUUUUGUGAAGCCGCUCGAGCAGACGGCGAGAAAGAUCAUCAUAUUUUUCUUCAUCGAAAACUUGCAAAUAUUCUCGAGAGACUUACAACUGAUGCCGAGGUCCAAGUACAGAAUCGACUAAACGAACUCGAUCGAAUGUUCCGAGAGUCCAGCGACAACGCGAAGACUUUGACAGCCCACGUGGCGGGACUUAACGCGAGCUUGCUGUAUUUUGAACAAGUCAUUACCCAUUCUAUUUUAUCCAAAUCCAAAGAAACUGAAAUGGUGGUCCAGAAAGGCUUGAAUGAGGCCAGGUCUCUUCAGCAAUUGAUGGAAGAAGUACUCGGCAUGAUGAGCUUGAGAGAAGAGAAGCAUGCCCGCACACUUGAGACUGCUCUGGAAGUAGCUGUAACGCAGAUUAACCGAGAUGCUCAUGAGGUCAUGAAGAUGUUGACGGCCGUCGCAAUGUCAUCACUCAGCUUGCAAGAACAACUGAAAAAAUCUGAAAGCCAGCUAUCUGUUGUAAUGCGUAAACAGGAGCGGGUUCAAGAGGGGAUGGAGGAAUUGAGUCUUCUUGCAGAUCUGGUGGCCGAUAAACAUCACUCUCACCAAGAAAUGCUUCAGUCGGCACAGAAUGAAACCGCUUACCUACUGGCAUCACUUGAGGCAGCUUCAUUUUCCAUGGGUAAUCUGAGGGCGUCAUUCUCUGACCUUGGCUCGGUUGGCUGGUGGCCGUACAUAAUUUGCCCAGCUGUAUCGCUAGUCCUCGGAUCUUACAGGCUUCAACCGUCGGCCACACGAAACAUAUUACUAUUAGGCGUUGUGGAGAAAGCCACUAAGCUCGUUCGUGUGGCCGGCGCCCGAGGAACCCAGCCGACAAACCAAAGCGGAUAUGACAACACGAGAGCUGCGGUGCGGCCAACGUCGGACAAGCUCUGGUCCCUUCAUCAAAAUAGGACCAACAUCUACGAGAGAACACAGUACACAGCACCCACAAGAACACCCACUCAUCUCAACAAUCUCGCCAUCGUGCCAUGCAUAAAUCCCCAAAGUCGUACAGAGCUCACCAAUGUAUCGAAACUUCAGCCCUUGGCGCCCACAGACAACUUUGCCCGCGCAGAAGCCUACCUGCGCGAUGCCGCUUCCCAGGGCGCCAACAUGGCCGUCCUCCCAGAGUACCACCUCGCGAGCUGGGUCCCCGACGCUGUCGAAUUCGCCUCGAUAGCAGCCCAGUCCGCGCCAUACCUGGAGAAAUACCGCGCGCUCGCCAAGGAGCUCAACAUGGCCAUUGUUCCGGGAACCCUCCUGGAACCUGAAACGUCUUCCGGGGGCGGCCUCGCCAACGUCGCCUACUUCAUUGGACCGGACGGUGCCGUCCUGGGCCGCUAUCAGAAGAAGAAUCUCUGGCACCCUGAGCGGCCGCACCUCGCGGCCGACAUAGAGUCCCCGCACACGGCGUUCGAUACGCCGUGGGGUAGGAUGGGGAUGCUGAUCUGCUGGGAUAUCGCGUUCCCCGAAGCGUACAAGGCACUUGUAGCGGAUGGCGCGAGAGUGAUAAUCAGUCCGUCGUUUUGGCUGGCCGACGAUGGUGGCGAGGGCUCGGAUCUGAAUCCGAAUUGCGAAAAGAUGUUUUUGGACAACGUCUGUAUUGCGAGGGCGUUUGAGAAUACUGCUGCGAUAGUGUACGUCAAUAGCGGUGCGCCAAAGGGUAGCACGGAUGGCAAGGAUGGCAGGGGGAAUACGUUUUGUGGUGUGAGCCAGGUUGCUGUCCCGAUUGUGGGGAGACUUGGAGGCGGGGAGUCGAUGGGGCCGGCGGAGGAGAUGAGGAUUUUUGAGGUUGACAUGGGAUUGUUGGAUAUGGCGGAGAGUGUGUACAAGGUUAGGGGGGACAUGGCGAGGGAGGGAUGGCAUUACGGGCCGUAUCGUUCAGCAUGA